CGCACUCAACCGGUUGUAACUCGAAAUAUUCAAUAAUCUGGAAAGCAUUGCGCUGGAGUCUGGACGUUUUACAGCAAAACGAGAAGAAAGUCCAGUGUGUUGUUUUAUAGACAAGGAGGAUCCAGCGACCGCUUCACUGACCAGCAGCCAUGAGCUUCUUUGGUUUUGGUCAGAGUGCGGACAUCGAUAUAGUUCUUAAUGACGCCGAAACGAGAAAGAAAGCUGAGCAUAAAAGCGAAGACGGCAGGAAGGACAAAUAUUUUCUUUUCUACGACGGUGAAACGGUGUCGGGGAAAGUCAACGUGACGCUCAAGUACCCGGGAAAGAGGCUGGAGCACAACGGCCUCAAGAUUGAGUUUGUUGGCCAGAUAGAGCUAUACUAUGACAGAGGAAACCACCAUGAGUUUGUGUCUCUUGUGAAAGACUUGGCCCGGCCAGGGGAGCUCACACAGUCUCAGACGUUUGACUUUGAGUUCACACAUGUGGAGAAGCCCUACGAGUCUUACACCGGUCAGAAUGUCAAAUUACGCUACUUUCUCAGGGCGACAGUAGGCCGGAGACUGAAUGACAUCAGCAAAGAGAUGGACAUUGUGGUGCACACACUCAGCACCUACCCUGAGCUCAACUCCUCCAUCAAGAUGGAAGUGGGGAUCGAGGACUGUCUACACAUAGAGUUUGAGUACAAUAAAUCCAAGUAUCACCUUAAAGAUGUGAUUGUCGGGAAGAUAUACUUCCUGCUGGUGAGGAUUAAGAUCAAACACAUGGAGAUUGACAUCAUCAAGCGGGAGACAACUGGCACAGGGCCAAACGUCUACCACGAGAACGACACCAUGGCGAAGUAUGAAAUCAUGGACGGUGCACCGGUCCGAGGUAACAGUGAGUGGGUUGUGUCUGGCGUUGCCACUGCUGCUAAAACAAACGUGGUCCUUUGUGAGCGCUGUGGGAUUGUUCCUUCGUCAUGCCUCUCCCUGUCUGCAGCGGUGCAGCUGCCGUACCAGACUGUGAUGCAGUGGAUCAGCAGGCGCUAG